CACCACGCUAGUAUUCACACCGUGAAGCUCGAGCAGCAGUAUCGGCGAAAAUCGCUCCCCGUAUCUUUCGCGAUUAUUUUCUACGAACAAUUAUUGAUUAUCGAACGUGGUUAAUUAAUUGUUAACAAUUUGUAGGUGUAUACGACGAAACGACGAAUAGUUACCGAGUUAGAUGUUUCGCGUGUUUAUUUACUCGAUGUAAACAAAACAAAUGGGAAUAGUUAUUUAAAUACGGGCGCUUUCAAUUUUUGUUUUAAUGGCACUUGAAAUUGAAUAUAUGUCGCUUUAGGUUUUUCGCCUGUUCAUAUAUUCGUAUUAUAUAUAUUGUCGUUUUUCAAAACGUGAAAUAAUACAUGAAUCAUUUGAUCAAUUCAAUCCAUGUUUAUUAAUAAUAGAUUUUUUUUCGUGAUAUUUAUGCGCCCGAUAUGUAUUGCGAGACACUGUUUUGAUUGCAUAUUUUGGAACGGUUUAUCAUGUCCUAAUUAAUAUCUAAGUGAUCGAGUGCUGUUUCCCCAAGGAUGGAACAACAAUGGAGCAAGAGAGGAGGAAGAGGUUCAGGGAGCAUCGGGCGACAGCGGAGCAACCAAAGACUCAAUGUAAUUUGCAACUUACAUAUUCAACUUCGCUGUUGGGCUUCCUACAAAUAGCCGAGGACAUCAGCGUGACGCGUAUACUUCGAUUAAUCCAGACCAUCCAGACGAGCUUUCGUAUCUCCUCGCCGGGAGAUACACCGAGCGCGCAUCAGGAAAUCGAAAUCAUUCGAUACGCGGCCUCACAAAAGCUAGCACGAGAAAUAGACGGAUUAUGGCUACCGCAGCUGUCGCUGAGGUUCCGCUAGCACACCGCCGGCAUCGCGCAACUGUAUUUCGCAGCGUCAUCUUGAUAAUGUGUCGGUCCCUCCCCUGUGUCUGCCCCCUGCCCCUCUCUUUCUCUCAUCACCUUGCUUUUUGCACAUUUCUUUUAAAUGACCGUUUUAGAAAUUCAUAAAUGUCGUUCCAGAGUCUCCUCGCACGCGUGGCUAUUUUAAUGAGCGAUCACCUUCGAAAAAUCGCUAAAAGCAUCCUAAAACGCGAGUUUCACUCAACGGAGCUACAUCGUAUAAUAUCGGAGCCUUUAAUUUCUUCUCUUCACGGAAACCAAAAUCGCCGGGUAGCGAUUUUAUUUUUAAGAGAAUGUGAUUUGUGCGACGCGUGUGACUCUCGUGUGGUCGUUACGACGCGAAUUUCCUAUCGAUUCUUGACGAUUUUUAUAGACGAUAAAAUAUCGUCGAACCGCAGCUGUAAAUUCGCUGAACCCAACGGUAUGCGGACUCUCUUGUGUUUCUAUAUAUUUCACUAAUACUUAACGCAAGUUCUUUUCGCAAAUCACCAUGUUA